AUGGUUUCUGCAUGGCUUGUUUUUUGGAUUGCGGCGACCCUCUCGCUUCGUUCAGUUGUCGCUGGACCAUGCAAACCUCGUCCCAUCUCACGAACCAGCUCGACUGUCGAGAUAUCUGCAGGUCUCACGUCUACGUCCACUUUGUCCUUCACUUCUGGACUUUCUUUGACUGAAACCGGGUCCAUUUCGGUUCCUUUUCAAACUUCUACUGCACGAAGCUCCACUGGAGUCUCGGAUAGCGAAAGCUUGACAGUUGAGACAUCUGUUACUGGAUCCAUCUACUCUUCCGAUUUUUCAAUCUCUACUGCACUCACUACCUCAACCGCCCUCGAUUCUUCGGUCUCAUCCACGGUAUCCUAUUCCGCUAGCGAGAUCAGCGAAACUGUGACUGUGACUGAGACUCAGUCUUGGGUUACCCUCAGCUCGCAGACUGGCGUUUUAUUAUCCACGGAGUCUAUUCAGACUGACACCGCAAGUUCUGAGACAGGUACUGUGACCUCGACCACUACUGUCGAUGAGAUACCGACCACCACUGUGGCCGAGUCUGCCUUGGAAACCACUACAAUCACCACCACCGCUCUCUACCAGACGUCAGAAUCAACCACCGAUGUUGAAUUACCUUCCGACACCACGUCAGUUGAGUCUGUUCUGGAUACCACAGUCAUUACUGCCACUGCCACGUACCAGACGUCGGAUACAACUACCACUACCGAAAUAUCUUCUGAAGCCACACCAGUCGAGUCAACUUUGGGUACCACCACCACAACUGUCGACCGGAUGUUGGACUCAACGAGCACGACUCCUGGAUAUUCAGACACUACUCUAGUAGAAUCUACUUCGGGGACUAUCACUACCACUGAGCUCACUACAACCAUCGUCACUACGUCUGAGACUACUGAACACACUAUCGCUACCACUGCUGAGUCUGUUGCAGAUGUAACUACUACUAGCACCACAACUGAGUCUGUUGUGGAUACAGCUACUAGCACAGCUGAAGUUAUCGUAGACACGACCACCACCACGACAGCCGCGUCUACUACAGCCACUACUACCAAUAUAGACACUACUAUUACGGCAGAGUCUGCCACCUCAACUGAAGUCUCGAUCGACAGUUUAUCAACUCUUGCCGAUGCUACUACCACAACUGCCGAACUUACAACAGAAACAACUACGGGUACUACUACAAUGUUUACGACCACAACUGCUGAGACUACCACAACCGAGGCCAUGACCACUACUAGCGAGGAGUGCAAGAUUUACCCGUACAUGCUUGUUUAG